GCCGACCCCAAAAGAGCAAAAUCCAUUGGCGGAGUGUUCCUGUACAACAUCACCAAAAAUGGCAAACAGGCCAAACAGUGGACGAUGGAUUUGAAAAACGCCAAAGUUCAUGAGGGAAAGCCUGAGGGAAAACCCAACACCACGUUGACCAUCUCUGAUGAAGACUUCAUGCUAAUGUCGGAAGGCAAACUCAACCCGCAGACCGCCUUCAUGAAGGGAAAACUCAAAAUAACUGGAAAUGUCUUAGAUUUGUCAAAUCAAGUUCAACAAGUAAGUGGUUUAAAAGGUUGGGUGUGCCUUUUUCUUCUACUAAAUAAAUGGUCAGUUAAAUGA